UUAAAUAAACAUAUGGCAACACUGCGAUCUUAGAAUGUGAUAGUGGAAGACUCUUUUGACUUUUCCUGAAAUCCUGAAUUUUCCAAAUCUAUUUACGUACAGUUCUUACACGAAAUCAUUUUUUCUGUUUAAAGUCUUAUCUACUUUAAGAACGCAAUCAUCUUCUUUCACAUCACAUUUCGAGGUUCGUAAUCGUCGAUCAAGGUAUCGCUCGCUGCCUAAACUUCGCAAGAUGUCGGGGAUAUUCUUGUUCAAUUUUGACAAGGAAAAGAUGCAUGUACCGUCGUAAGAGUUUGUGGAAUUUAAAUGAGCUUAUAAUCGUGUGAAUGUGUAAAUAUUAUAGAUAGAAUAACGCCAUCAUGAAUCAAGUAGCGAGUGAGGAUCAGAGUACUAUGUGCAAUCAAAUGAAUACGAAUAUAAAAAACAAAAGCAAAAAGGCCAAAGAUCCUUCGGAAAUGACUGACGAUAUAAGUAUAUUGGAUCAGGAAUUAAGCGAAACGUUAGUUAAUACACUUCAUAUAAACAACAUAAAUAGUAACCUAACUAAUGGGACGAGUGACCACUCGAAAGACGAGAGUCCCAGCAUUGGAAAUGAUAAGUCUGCAGCACAAGACGCAAGUGUAGUCGCAAUAGAUGUAAAUAGUAUACAGUGUAAUGAUGAGCAAGUGACAGAGAACAAUUCGACUCCUAACAUAGUCAGAUGUAAUGUUGGGGAGAAUAUUGAGAGUGGUCCUGCUGAUCAAGAUAAGGCACAGGGUGAAAUUAAAAUUAUUUCCUAUGAGUCGGAACUGCAGAUGCCAGAAAUAAUGCGUCUCAUACAGAAAGAUCUCUCAGAACCAUACUCAAUCUAUACAUAUAGAUAUUUUAUACAUAAUUGGCCUAAGCUUUGCUUCUUGGCAACCCACGAAGGGGUGUGCAUUGGUGCCAUUGUAUGUAAGUUAGAUACACACCGCAAUGUUGUGAAGAGAGGCUACAUUGCUAUGUUGGCGGUUGACAAGAAAUAUAGGAAAAAAGGUAUUGGCUCCCGGCUGGUACAGAAAGCUAUUCAGGCAAUGAUAGACGAUAAUGCGGAUGAAGUUGUAUUAGAAACAGAAAUAACGAACAAACCAGCAUUGAAGCUGUAUGAAAAUCUGGGCUUUGUGAGGGAUAAGCGUUUAUUUCGAUAUUAUCUGAAUGGUGUAGAUGCAUUACGACUGAAGUUGUGGCUUAGGUGAAAAUUUGUAGGUAACAAAUGUGAAAUUUUCAAUGUUGUGUUUUACUUCCGGGGCCUAUAGCUGUCUCAGCAUGCAUAAUGGUAUGCUGAUGAAAUACACAUAUACGGUCAUGUGGUAUUGCCUUUAAAAUGUCAGCUAAUGGUUCUAUAAAAAGUAACUUUGUUUGCCCUGUUCUAUUUGUUUUUUAAUAUAAACUUCUCAUUCUAUUAUGUCUUCAAGUCAAAAAUUGUAUGUAAGCUCUUUUUGAUUUGAUUUUAAAAACGCAAUACCAAUGUUUGAUGUAAUACCAUGAAUAAAUUUAAUAAAGAUGACCAUACUGUUGUCAUGGUUAAACCAGGGCCAUGUGGAUUUUAACCAAAUAUAUAGUUUGUUUUCAAUUAUUUUAGUCAUGUGAUAUGUUUUAUUUUAUCUAAUUUAUGUGUUGAAAAUUGUAAAUGAAAAAAUAUUUUCCCUUAUUGCUUUUAUCUCAUCUCAUUCAUAAGGAUGUAUAUGGUUUAAUAUCCAUACUAAAAAUACACAACUUGAAGAAUUUAUAA